AUGCUCUCAGCACAGGACGAGCUAUACCCUCUGCGUUUGUUCCUGGGUCAUACCCCGGAUAUGGCCAAGGUCACCACCCCUUUCCCACCUCCUUCUCUAGGAACCGAAACAUAUGCAUGUUCUAUUCCCUCGCCCGGACAACAUCCGGAACAGAUGGAAACCCAGAUGCAAACGCAGGGCCAGGCUCAGGCCCAGGCUCAGGCCCAGGCUCAGGCCCAGGCUCAGGCUCAGGCUCAGGGGCAGUGGGUUUUUGUCCCGCAUGAGCAGGGUACGUCGGGCCAGAAGUGA